AUGGAACCAGAAGCGCUUGUGGGUGAUUUACAAGGCCACUUGCUUGAAGACUUUCUUAAUGAGAGGUUUCCUGAAAGAAACGACAUAGAACCAUUUGUUCACGAUGUUGAGAUCCAGGGAUCUUUAAUAGCUCAGGCGAAAGAUCUCUACCGAGGCAAAUUCUCUUCGGUUGGUUACCACGAGUAUUUAAGCUAUAUGUCAGACACUGAAAAGGAUCCGUUGAGAUCUGCUUCACUACGAUUCCAUUAUAUGAAUUUAUUCCACUGGGAUGAGAAUAAUCUUUUAAAUUCACUACGGUUAUUGUGCCAUCGAUUGUACUUCAGGGGAGAGUCUCAGAAGAUUGACACACUGAUUGACGAUUUUGCAUACUCCUGGUCAAUGAAUAGCGGCGGAAAGAACGUGUUUGGCACCUCUAGUGGCGUUUAUCUCGUGGCCUAUUCGUUAGUGUUACUUAAUACCGAUCUCCAUGAGACUGACCAGUCGCAAAGUUCUGCUUCAAAAAUAUCUAGAGCCAAUUAUGUCAAAAAUACAACGGAGGCAUUAAUCUCAAACAACGUGCCUAUUAGUUCUUUCCCAAAGUUGGAACUAGAGUUAAAAAGGAUGUAUCUAGAACUUUCAAGUUUUGCUCUUCAGUUGAAUGGCGGUAGUGAUAACAGUUUUGACGACUCUGAUUUUCUUCAGCAGCUUCAGCUAAAAGCCCUGAAUGCUUCCAAGAGAAAUUCCAUAAUGUCAUUCAGUUUCAAAGAUAAAUCACUCACAAAUGCAACUUCACAGUCAAAUUUUUCUACUAUGUCAUCUUUUUCCUCCAGUAUAGUACCAAAUGGUAACAGACACAGCACCCCGAUAGGAUUUACCAACGCUCUAAGAACUGAAAAGCAGAUUAGACGAGUAAACUCGCGGGCUUCCAACUUAUCGAAUCAAACUAAUAGUACUUCAAGAACUGCGAGUUCCGUACGAUCUUCGAUGACGUUUUUCAAUAACCCCAGACAUCAACUCUUCAAGUUUGAAUCAAAUGCUUUAUCACAAGACGAUGACUCUUCAAUUUUAAAUGAUAGAUAUUACGAAUCUAGUGCCGAGUUAGAAUUACAGGGACCACCGUGGUGCAAAGAAGGUAACAUCUACGGAAUAAAGUUUGCCCCAAACGCUUCAGCCCAAAGAUUUUCUAACACUACCAGUAGGUUAUUUUCUAACAGAAGAGAGCAAUCAAUUGAGUCAUCUAUUUAUCACAAUCAUCGUUUGAAUUUGACAAGAUGGAAUAGGUUUUUUGUUGUCGUUGCCAAAGGUGAACUUAAUCUUUUCACUUUUUCUCCCAAGUAUACGCAAGCAUCCAAGCAGAAGGGAGAAACUGUUGGUUCGGGGAACUCAUGGACAGAUAACGCUACAUUAAUUGCCACGUUCAACCUUUGCUCAUGCCUUGCUAUGAGACUGCAAAAAGGAUCGAAAACUCUUGAACAACUUCUGGAAAAGAAUCCAGUUCCUUCAACCAAUAAGAAGCUGGACCAGGUUUAUUGGGCAUUAGCUUUGCCUUCCGUUAACAAUGUUGAAUCCUCUUCAAGAAGUCUUAUCAAUCAAGAGGCCCAGUGUUUAGUCUUCAUGUGCAACUCUAAAGAGACCUCCAGAGAAUUUGUUGACACUUGUAAUUAUUGGAGCGGAAGAUUAUCUUCAGUUCCUACGCAACAAUCUAUUUCUUCCAUUGAAUAUGGAUGGAGUGAGAAGUUGUUGAACCUAAUCAAAAAGGCUGAAACAAAUUCUAAGAAUGAUUCACCCGAUGAAUUACUUCGAUACCUUGGUAAGUUGAAUAUUGCUUUUUGGAAACCCAUGGUUCAUGGAGUGAUACCCACUGAACAGGACAUUGAUGAACAGAUAAAAGCUUUAGAAAAACACAUUGAAGAACUUCUAAAAGAUUACGAAAGUCACAAGGCGAUAGAAAAAGAACUCGCAAAACUUGAUCAACACUUGAGAACUUAUUCUUCUAAAGGCAACAAUUUUUUACACUUUUGGAGCCAAUCACGAAAAUCAUCAUCGAAUGACCUAGUACAGAAAAAUUAUCGUGUUUCUUUGCUUAAUUGGAAGAAUAGAAAAAUAUUCUUGGAGAAUGAAAUGAUGCGUAUUAGAACCUACCUCACGGUACUGCACAAUUCCAUCAAGUUAGAAAACGAUUUCAUCGCCAAAAAUAAGAUUGAAUCAAAUCACAGCAAUACGAUUGACAGGCUGCGAGAUAAACUUGUUGACUCUGACAUGGAAACAGAGCUGGAAAACAAGAUCAUCGUUCUGUAA